AUGGGGUCCCACGGGCAGGGCUCCCGCACCUCCCUAAGCAGGUCAGAGAGUCUCACUAAUAACUCUGAAAGGGUGAGGACCAGAGUUGCUGAACAACCAACUAAGGUCACCCAGGCGAUUAGACCGCGCAGGGCUACCGUGACCUUGUGCGACCUCCGCACAAGGAGGUCUACAGAACCGCAUUCUCUACGGGUUGGAGAAACAUCGGCAGCUGCGCCCAAGGUCCAGAUGGUCCGGGAGUGGCUGACCCCCUCCACCAGUGCUCGCUCCUCGGCGCUGACCCUUCGCCAGCUCCAGGGUGGUCCUAGAGAGCUCUGGAAUCCCAAGAGCCCCGCGGCCCAGAGCCCCAGAGGUCCCUCCCCACGGUCACCCUAUCUCACUAUUUUAAAUGACUAUUUCAAGCCUGAGAAGCUGACAAAGAAGGAGAACAGAGUAAAGGGAAGGACAAUAGUGGCACUGAAGGAGCUGACCAAGGAGAGGAAAGAAGCCCUGUCCAGGCAGAAACUCCUGCUCCAUGAGUACAGGCAGCUGCACGACGAAAAGGACCAAGUCCAGGCUGAGAACAAGGCCUUUGUGGCAUACCUGGACGAAAAGAAUGAGCAAUGCAGAAGGAAACACGAGGAGCUGUGGAUGGAUUAUUUCCGACAAUGUAGGGACAUAGAACAACAGAGACAAGCAUUAACCUCCAGAUUAAACCAACGAAAUGCUGACCUCAAAGCUCAGCUCUUGCAGGGCAGGAAGACCCAGUCAGAUAUAAAGCGUCAGUUGAGGGCAGUGAAGGACAUUUGGCUAAUAAAGGAAAACCAGGAUAUGAAAAUAGAGACCUUACGGAAGGAGAAAGAGAAAGUCCUGUUUGAGACAGCCAUCAAGGACCAGGACGCACACUUCUACUUUCUGCGAGAGAAGAAACUCCUGGAGAAACAACUGAAUGAACUAGAACUGAUGGAGUUGGGAGAGAGCCAAACAAGGGAGCUGAGGAAGAAGGCCAAAGCCUUGGAGUUGACAGCCAAGAAAGCUCAUGUGGAGUUCUGUCGUGGCAUCAACAAGGAGAGCCAUGAGCUACGGGAGGAAUUACACCAGCUAACCCAGGAAUACAAGAAGGUGGAAGCUACAAGGACCCGGUUGGAAAGGCAGAAGCAGCAACUGAAGGAGGAACAGUGGUAUCAAGAAGCCUUAAUCAAGGGGAGGCAACGACUGCAGGCACUGCGUGAGCAUCCUCCAGCCCCCAAAGAACAGGUUGCUGCAAAGGUCACACAAAGUCGUCCUUUCCGCCCCCAAACAAAAAUAAAUACAAAGUAA